UCAACAGAAAGUUCCACCAGACUGACUUAAUUAUAUAAUUUUCAGUUUUGAAAACAGCCUUCAAUCAAUUUGUGGAUCUCUACAUGUUCAGGUUGUUACAUUCAGUACAUGAAAAGAACCUUAACAAACAAAGGACAAUGAUAAUAACUGCAAUGGUUAAUUUGUUAUUUGUGUCAACUUUCCUUAGUGUGGAGAUGGACGCCGAUUUAAAGUUCUCCUCUAUGUGUUUUUUCAAUACACAGUGCCGGUGCUUUAAUGAGACAGGAACAUCAAAAUUACAUGUGGAUUGCGCAAACGGUAUACUAGUAGAAAUUCCAGAAUUUCCUCAAAAUGUUUACAUUCUAAACCUGCAACAUAACCGUAUAAAGGAAAUAGAGGAUAACGUAUUUCAAAGUUUAACGAAUUUAUCCUUGUUGGAUUUAUCACAUAAUAAGAUUACACUUUUGAAAUUACACUCUUUUAAGGGAUUGGGAGAACUGAAAGUGUUAAACUUAAAUGACAACCCAAUAGCGUAUACAAGGUUUCCAAACGGUACUUUUAUCCCGUUAGUCUCGCUUAGUCAUCUUUGCAUUAAAAGUACAACUAAAGCGGUUGGUAAACGUGCAAAAAUUUUCUCGGAUAAAACAAUGUCAGACUUGAAGACAUUGGAGAAAUUGGAAAUAGACAUUCCUACAAAAUCUGCCACACCUAUUAUAUUUGGAGAAGGAUAUAAAUAUUUGAAUCAUCUUAUUUCUCUCAAUAUCGGCAGAUGUUAUUAUCCAGUAUUAGUUGACGAAAACACCUUCCAGUUUAUGUCACGUUUGACAAUAAUUUCUUUUGACAUUCAGUGUAAUAUGUUUAUCCACCCGGGUGGACAUCGAAGUCUACAGAGCAUAAGACAACUUUACGUGCACCGUUUAGUUAAAGAUUUGGUAGAUAAUUUACUAUAUUUUAAUAAUCUUACAAACGAAUUAAAACUGACACCAAUAGAAACAUUGUCAUUUCAAAACACUUUUCCAGAUAGUUUUGAUUACUAUCCAUGGAAUCCAAUAAGUAAAAGCUUAAACAACUCGUCUCUAAAGAUUCUAAUAAUGACCGAAAAUAGACUUGGUGAAAGCUUUCCACCGUCUAAACUUUAUCCACCUCCUUUAAGUUUACAAGAACUGAAUCUUUCAAGUAAUAAACUUGAGCAAUUUGCGUUAGAUUUAGGAAAUAUUCGAAAUCUUAGUCUACGAAAUAAUGUUCUUGGAGGAUUUUUAAGUACUCAUAGUUAUAGUUAUAAAAGGUCAACUAUAUCUAACAGUUUUCUUGAAUUUAUAGAUUUGUCGAUGAAUGGUAUUGAAAAGCUAACAUUUCUAUUAUUCAAGGGACAGCCAAAUUUAAAAUAUAUCAAUCUGAAUCAUAACAAGUUGCAAAAGAUUACUUUUGAUGUGUCUCGAUUGAAAAAUCUCCGUUAUUUAGAUUUAUCAAGCAACAAUUUUACGACAUUAGACGAGAAAGCGAUGGCAAUGUUCGAUGGUCUGUCUAAAAAUACUUUCUUCACAGUUAAUUUACAAAAAAAUGCAUUGCUAUGUACCUGUAACACACUGCCAUUUUUAAAGUGGAUUUCAAAAACAAAAGUUGCUUUGUUGCUAAACGAUAAGUGUAAUUUAGAAGAUGGGACUGUUGUAAGUUUCAACCCAAUUAAUUCAAUAAUAAAGCAAGUACAGAAAGGAUGUACGACAUAUACGACCUUAGUCAUUGCUUUGUCUAUAUGUUUGGCAGUCAUGUUGACCGUUCUUAUUUUGGCUUUAGUGUAUAAAUACAGAUGGAAACUCCGCUACAUGUUUUAUCUUGCCAAAAGUAAACACUAUAGUAACAAGGCUUCCAAUGACCAUGGUGAAUACACUUACGAUGCGUUUAUCUCGUACUGUGAUAAUGAUAGAGCAUUUGUGUUAAAAGAUUGCAUUGGAAGCUUAGAAAAUGAAGGGAAUUAUAAACUGUGCGUGCAUCAACGUGACUUCCUACCAGGCCAAGAGAUAACAGUCAAUAUUACAAACGCUAUCCAUGACAGUAGAAAGACAGUCUGCAUUAUAACAAGAAAGUUUUUGGAGUCUUACUAUUGUAUGUUUGAAUUUAACAUGGCCCGGAUGGAAAACAUUUAUUCUCGAGAUGGAAGGAAUAUCAUUUUCCUAGUAUUUCUGGAGCAAAUUCAACCAAAAGAAAUGCCACUUAUGAUGCUCGAACUUAUAGAGAAACAGUCUUACAUUGAAUAUCCCAAUGACGAAGAAGGAAAUAUUGUGUUCUGGGGAAAAAUAAAAGAAGCUAUUCAUUCAUGACAUUUGUUGCAGUACUGAAUUUGUUGUCCAAAAAGAUUUUUUAUAUUAGUCUUCAUUAUGUUUUUACUUCAACAUUAAUAAAUAACAUGCAUAAAAAUACAUUACUUGGGGAAAAAAUGGCAAUGUUGAUUCGAACGCAAUAAGAUGUGUAUUUAUAUCACCAUACUUGUCAAGAAAAUCAUUUUAUUACGAAACCGUGAGUCAGAUAUAUAGAGCAUGCUAGCAUCAUGAACCUGGUUGGGUCUGAAGGACAACGUUUGCAUAUUAUAUGUGUGGGGGUGCAUAUAUUUUGGGUGUCAGUCAAAAGGGGUAGCCUUAAUACCGCAUGCUUAGCAAUUAUCUAUUCUCAGUCUUUGGUUUCAUCCGACCGGUGAUCGAACCCAUAGCCUUCCGCACUCUCGAGUCGUGCAACAUCGAGGCAAUUCUUAUUUUGGCUGAGAUAUCCAAAAAAUUAUUAUUUUGAAAAGCAUCUAGUAAACAUAUCUUUUGGAAAAAGUUAUGACCACAGCUUGUAUAUAUUCGGUGUUGACAUGAAUAUCAAUAAUAUGGUAUUUUUUUUUUUAUAAAUUAACUUUUUGCAAAAGUAAAAAAUUUUCGAAAUACUAAGGAUUUUCUUAUCCCAGGCAUAGAUUACCUUAGCCGUAUUUGGCACAACUUUUUUGGAAUUUUGGGUCCUCAAUGCUCUUCAACUUUAUACUUGUUUGGCUUUUCAACUAUUUUGAUCUGAGCGUCACUGAUGAGUCUUAUGUAGACGAAACGCGCGUCUGGCGUAUAAAAUUAUAAGCCUGGUACCUUUGAUAACUAAUUAUGCAUGCAACAAUUGAAUUUUCAAAAGUCUGUGUUUCCAAUUUAGGUAAAUUCCAAGAAACAGUUCUGGUCCGCUAAGCACAUGGUAUUUAUGAGCAAGAACAAAGACUGAUAUAGAAGAUUCGAACAAACGUUCUUGAUCAUAGUUCCUCUGUUCCAUGACUGCCCACAACACGAAUGCCCCCCCCCCCCCCCCCCAAUUUCAAGCUAUGACAUUUUCCAAAUUAAAAAGGGGCAUAUCUCACUGCCCAAAUUCGAAGUAUGUCUGCGUAUUUUGGUUCAUUGCAUUGUGUAUGAGCUUCAUAAAAUUUGGAUGAGGAAAACUUAAGUAAGAGUUCGGAAACAUGCAAUUUUCCAAGUUAUAAAGGGGUAUAACUCUAGAACGGUAAGUGACUUACUGCCCAUAUUUUAACUCUGUGUGUUUUUGUUUUAAGCAUUGUUUAUGAGUUUCAUAAAAUUCAGAGGAGUUAAACUUAAGUUAGAGUGCGGAAACGAAAACAUCUGCAAUUUUCGAAGUUAUAAAGAGGCAUAACCCUAGAACGGUAAGAGACUCACUGCCCAAAUUCAAACUAUCUGAGUAAUGGUUCUAAACAUUGUGUAUGAGUUUCAUAACAUUUUGAUCAGGAAAACUUAAAAGUUAGAGUGGAAGAAACGUAAUGCCCCCAUUGCCUCAGCUUAGGGCAUACAAAUCAGCAGUAUAAAUUGACAAAAAAUCAGCAGUUUUAAUUGGCAGAUUCUUCCCAAACCUGGCGGGGCGUCUGGCUAAUAAUAAAUUCAAUUAGAAAAAUAACUAUUUUUUCACUUCCCUUUUGCAACUGAUUUUUUUCUCAACAAAUAAAGAAUCAAACUAUUCGUGUAUUUAUCUAAAAAACAAACAAUGAAAAUUGGCUAUUAAAAGCACACUUUCCUUCACAGGUUACUGUUUCCAUUUGUACAUCGUAUCGGUAAACCUGAAAAAUAUAUACUAGUAAUACUUAAUCACAGCUUAAAAUUUAAAAACAAUCUUUACAAAACAAUAUCGCAUAUGUAAGUUAUAAGAAAUAUACUAUUCUAAUUUACGUAUUUGUGUAACAAGGACUAUUGUAAAGAGAAAAUUGAUAAAUAUGCAAGCACAAAGAAGGCUAGAUGACUGCAAGGUUCUAUUGUAAAUCACAAUAUAAAAGACGUCAUUUAAAUUUGAUGCCAUUAAAGUAUCCGAGGUGCAGAAUAGUGCGUUUAAUACAGGGUUAACAAAUUCGUUGAUGGAUAUAGAUAAUUUCGAAAACAAUUUUAUGAGUUUUGUUUUUACCUUUGACAUCCAUCAACCUUGAUGUAUUAUCCAGAACCGUCUUUAUAACUUCAAUUUGGUCGUGCAGAUCUUCUACUGUCAGUAAGAUUUUCCCAGCUAAACAUGACAAAUAUAUAUGCAUCUAUUAUUAAACUACUAGUAUGUAUGCUUCAAUCCUUCUGUCUUUAAAAUGUUAACUGUAUUGUAAUUGUGUUGUAUUUUACAUUCAUAAUAAACUAUUUGAACCCUUCUA